AUGUCGAGUCGAAAAGAGUCACCUAAGCUCGAGGUAGCGAUCGCUGGUGGAGGCAUCGCAGGCCUUAUCACAGCGAUCGCACUCCUCAAACACCCUAACGUCAAUGUAAAAGUCUACGAGCGAGCACCAGAGUUUAAAGAAAUCGGAGCAAGUAUAGCCCUGGGCCCCAAUGGCCUCAGAACCCUUGAUCGACUUGGUGUCGAAAAUGCCCUGGCUGAAGGCUUUGCGCAACGCCAAAAGUCUGGAUAUCCCAUGAUAUACCGGCACUGGAAGACCGGAGAGGUCAUCGAUUAUGAUGUUCACAGUACAGUGCAGAGCAAGAAACAUGCGACUGCGCGAUUUCAUCGUGCACAUCUUCAUCAGGCGCUGUUGGAGAAUUUGCCAGUGGGUAUUGUUCAUUUGGGGAAGACGACGGUUGAUGUUAAGGCGGAUCCUGACGAGGGGGCCACACUUUACUUUGAGGACGGGACCACGGCAACGGCUGAUAUUGUUAUCGGUGCCGAUGGUCUUCGGUCGAAAGUCCGAAAGACAUUUGUCCCGGAGCAUGAAUUGCAUUGGACAGGAUGGGUCGCUUUCCGCGCAGUCUUUGAUGCCGAUAGAUUGAAGGAUGUUGAGUAUCCUGAGGACGCAGCUCACUGGGCAGGCCAUGAGACAACAUUCUUCCAUUCGCAUCUAGGCAAAGGCCUGUUCACAAUAGUCGGUGGCUACCACGCUGAUCCUAAAGACCCCAAGUCCCCCGGCAAAGACGCAAAGUGGGAUGAAGAUGGCAGUGUCGAGGAGUUCAAGAGGUUAUACCAACAUUGGAACCCAACAAUUCGGGCGUUCAUAGACGCAACUCCCUACGUGAAACUCUUCCCCAACUACGCCGGCGCAGCUCUCGAUACAUGGUCCUUCUCCAACCGUGUAGCUCUCGUCGGCGACGCAGCUCACACCCACGGCGGAUCCUUCGCAGCAGGGGGGUCACUCGCUAUCGACGACGCAUAUGCCUUGUAUCGCUCGCUCGACCACAUUUGGCCUCCUUCUUCAGCGCAAACGGGAAAGCCGACCAAGGCUCAGAUUGCGCAGGUAUUUGAGCUAUAUGAGGCCACUCGCAAGCCGCAUCUGGAUAAGCUCUUGGGUAUCGUCCAUAAGAACAUUUCGGGACAGAGGUCGAAUAUCGAGAGAGCGACGACGGAAACUGACGAGGAGUUAAGACGGCGGGUUAAGGGGAGGAUGAAUCCUUCUUGGAUUAGUGAGCAUGAUGUUGUUGCUGCGUUUGAGCGGGCUGUUGAGAGGACAGAAUGUACUAAGGCAAAACCACACCUUUGA